AUGAGCAGUGCUAAUUGGCGUUCCGUCUUCACAUUCAACAAGUACUCGCAGAUCUGUGCUCGCGCAGUCCGCACAUCGUUGAACGACACCGCACGCUUGGCUGCGGAGAGACGAGGCGUAACAUCUCUCAGAUAUCAAAACUGGGAAGAUGGACAAGGUGGACAGCAGGUGCUUUUGAACCCAGAGACAGACAAGGGCACGCCGAAGUCUGCGGCUGUCUGA